AUGUUAGAAAUUGACGGUCACAGCAACGAUCAGUUCGCAGGUCAAGUGCAAACUGUCGAUAGGGGUACAGGUUACGACCAGAGUCACUUGAGCAUGCCAGAGAUGUUUGGUAGCAGGGAAUUUGGAGACCGAGGUAGACAUCGAGCUUUGGACACGGAAAGGCAAAAAGACAGGUUUUACGAGAAUCUGUUCGCCUUCCUCGCAGUGUUGUGUCCCAGUCCCGAUCACAACAAGCCAGACAUCACGCGUUUCGAUGUCGACCCACCCAAGGCCGUCUUGUCGAUGUUGAUUAACAGCAAGGUCCUCGAUAAAGCCGCGGAGCUACUCCGAAACGACAGUUUGGGCAAUGCGACUAAGAGAAAGAACCUUUACAUGGCUUUCUUUGGCUUCCUCCGCAAUGUCGGAGUCCACGAACUAUCAAAACAGGCUGUCAUGUUCAAUGAGCGUAUUGUAUUCCCGGACAAUAUCAAUCUCCUGACGUUGUCUUUCAAAGGUCUUACAGGAAAUUUGUCUGGCCAAAACGCCUCUGCAUUCGCCGUCAAUCUUCGCAAUCUGAACAUCCAGAGCCAAGUCAUGCUAAACGGUGCUCAGAGGUCACGGAAUGAGUUUCAGGAUGAGCAAAGUAUGGACCUCUUGUGGCUUUGUCGCGAGAUAUCCGACCUUUCCCAGUACCUCGAGAUUGGGGAAGGCAAUGCAGGGCCGGUGGAUCAUGGUAUUGUCGAAGUGCCGGAUGAUCAGAUCUGGCCAUGUUUCCAUUUUGCGAGAGAAGCGCAGAUGACCACUCAAUCGCCGAGGGGUCGUGUCAAACGACUUAUCACUGAAAUAACGACCUUGAAGACAGGACUGUCAUCUGGGAUAUAUGUCAAGCACGCCAUGUCCCGACUUGAUGUGAUGAAAAUUCUUAUUGCAGGCCCUGAAGGCACGCCAUAUGAGAACGGGCUUUUUGAGUUCGACCUUUGGUGUACAGCCGAGUUCCCUUACAAACCUCCACAAAUGUUCUUUCGAGGUACACAAGGCGGCCAACUCAUAUUCAAUCCAAAUCUCCACAAGGAUGGAAAAGUGUGUCUAUCCCUGCUUGGUACUUGGCCAGGCGAAAAAUGGCGUCCAGGCGAAUCGACGAUCCUCCAGGUCCUAAUCAGUAUCCAAGCUAUGAUCUUUGUUGCUGAUCCCCUCGACAACGUCCCAGCGGACCACUCGAAGACAGGAGCUGAAGAUUUCUUCAGUAUCAAAUUUGUAACUCUCCAAGGAUACGGUGCAACGUACGUUCCGCAGAAGAUAGUCCCUUCGCAUAGCCAGUAG